GUCCGUAAUACCAAUAAAACAUGUAAAUAUUCUGUAUAUUUAUUAUGAAAGAGGAAAAGAACAUAAUAAGGCUACCAAAAAAACCAUCAAUGAAAGAAAAAUUACUGUGUAUUUACACAUUUAAGUAUUCUACUAUCAAGGUUAAUCAGACCCCAAAACAAAUGGUGACACCAGAAUCCCCAUUUGAACCUGUACUUCUCCAAUAUCGUAUAAGCAUUUGCUUUUAUUCUUUCUUUUCUGGAUGUGCGGUAUUUUUGGAUACAUCAACUAUUUAGUUGAAAGAGACCGCGGUUACAUCCUUGAUACACUUGUUAAAGGAUUAAAGCGACUCGAAUACCGUGGUUAUGAUUCCGCAGGCUGUGCUGUUGAUGGCGAUGAGGACCAAGAUGCAUUGAUGUUUAAAGAGGUUGGUAACGUUAGUCAGUUAGAAAACACCAUCAACAAAUCCAAUGUCAAUAAGGAUACUAAAUUUAUCAACCAUUGCGCUAUUAGCCAUACUCGAUGGGCAACCCAUGGUCAACCUUCUCCCAUCAAUUGUCACCCUCAGCGCUCAGAUGUUCAUAGCGAAUUCAUUGUUGUACACAAUGGAAUUCUUACAAACUAUCGAGAACUGAAAACUGUCCUUGAAUCCAGAGGCAUGACUUUUGAAAGCGAGACGGAUACGGAGUGUGUCGCCAAGCUCGCAAAAUUUAUAUACGAUACUACGCCCGGCAUUGAUUUUACUUCGCUCGCUAAACUCGUCUUUCGCGAACUGGAAGGAGCGUACGCACUUCUCAUAAAGAGCAGUCACUAUCCUGGUGAAAUAGUUGCAACUCGUCGUGGUUCUCCCCUUAUCGUAGGUGUAAAGAGUUCUCAAAACCUAAAGGUCGAUUUUGUUGAUGUAGAAUUUCCCGAAUCUUCUGAUGGCCUUCCUGGGGCCGCUCCUAAUGCUCUACAUCCCCGGUUUUCAAAGACUCCGGGAACAAGCGGUAUGCUCCGUGGUGACAAACCAGAUUUGCUACAUCGUGCGCAAAGUCGAGCAUUUGUAACGGAGGAAGGUGUACCAGGACCUAUUGAGUACUUUUUUGCUUCCGAUGCUACUCCCAUCAUAGAAUAUACCAAGCGUGUGAUGUUCCUUGAAGAUGAUGAUAUCGCUCAUGUAAGUGAUGGUGAGUUACACGUACAUCGACUUCGCCGUGAAGAAGGAAUGAGUACCACGCGCACGAUCGAGACACUUGAGAUGGAAAUCAUGAGCAUCAUGAAAGGCAAUUACGAUCACUAUAUGAUUAAGGAAAUUUGUGAACAACCCGAUAGUCUACUCAAUACGAUGCGUGGUCGAGUAAACUUCGCCGACCGAGUUGUUACUUUGGGUGGUUUAGAAAGUUACUACGAUAUAAUUCGUCAAAGCCGACGUUUGGUUUUUAUUGCUUGUGGUACUUCUUACCAUUCAUGUAUCGCUGUUCGUCCUAUUUUCGAAGAGCUCACUGGUAUCCCAGUAGUAAUAGAGCUUGCUUCCGAUUUUAUGGAUCGGUGUCCAAACAUAUUCCGUGACGAUACUGUCGUUUUCGUCUCUCAAUCUGGUGAAACCGCUGAUUCCCUGUUGGCCCUUAAUUUCUGUUUGGAACGCGGUGCUUUGACGAUUGGAGUUGUUAAUUGUGUUGGUUCUAGCAUCUCAAGAAAGACGCAUUGUGGUGUCCAUAUUAACGCUGGACCUGAAAUUUGCGUCGCCUCGACAAAGGCUUAUACCUCUCAAUAUAUUGCUUUAGCACUGAUGGCUUUGUAUCUGUCCCGUGAUUCAGUUUCUAAGGCAAAGCGUCGUAUUGAAAUCAUUGAUGGCUUAGCUAAAAUUGGUGAAAAAGUCCAAGAAGCUCUCCAUCUUAGUGCUCGACUAAAAGAAUAUGCUUCACAACAUCUCCUGGAAAAAGACAAUAUGUUAAUAAUCGGUAGAGGAUACCAAUAUGCUACGGCAAUGGAAGGAGCUCUAAAGGUGAAAGAGAUUUCCUAUACACAUGCUGAAGGUAUAUUGGCAGGUGAACUUAAGCAUGGUGUUUUGGCAUUAGUCGAAGAAGGCUUGCCCAUCAUAAUGCUUGUCCCUGAUGAUUUUCAGCAUCCGAAAGCGGUGAACGCACUUGAGCAAAUUAGAGCCCGAGGUGGGAAGCCAAUUGUCAUUACCACAAAAGACUCAGAAAUGUUUAAGGGUCUUUCCACUUUCAUUGUCCCUAAAACGGUUGAUUGUUUACAAGGAAUUUUAAACGUCAUUCCUUUUCAGUUACUAAGUUACUGGAUGGCGGUGUUACGAGGACAUAAUGUCGAUCAACCUCGAAACCUCGCCAAGUCUGUAACCGUGGAAUAAUAGACAAGAUAGAGGUAUUCUGCGUUCUUUAAAAAAUCUACGUCUACGAUUAAGUAAUGGUUUAAUUUAUGUUUUUGUAUAUGACAUAUCUGUUUGUCAUCAAAACUUUGGAGCUAGAGAGGAAGCGUUACUAGUUUUUUUCGUUCAUGCAUAAAGCUAUGUUGAAUGAUCAUCUAUUACCAUCCAGCUAAACCAUGUCUCUGCUUUUUUACUUUUAAUGAAUACCUUCGGAAUUUAUAACAAUAGGUCUGCAUCUCGUCCCUUUGGCUCAAUGGCCAGUAUGACCUUUUAAAUGGAUAUGAUGAUAUAUUUUCUUUUUCGAAAACGUUGUGUAAGCAAGUCUUUUAUACGUAGCGGAUGUAUGAAUUUGUUGAAGAUGAAACAAUAUUAAAUUUUGCAGUAUCGGCAAAGAGACUUGAACAAUUAUGAGAGUUCUUUUAUCGUCGCUUCACAUUGAAGAUUAUGCUGCUAGAAUAAAAGCUCUAGUUUGAGGGAGGGGAUCUUUCGGAUGGUCUUUUCCUAUAGAAUGAGUAUACAUUUAUGUUCUACUAGUAGUUUCUUAUUUUUUCCAUUUUGGAAACAUCGCCAAUUUUUGUUCUCUUAUUCACUUAAAAAAUCUCGUUUCAAUAAAACAUAUGUAAAAUAAUUAGCCUUAAAAAAAUUUAUGUG